AAACCUAACUAUUCCAUUUAUAAUGCAGUUCAUUUUUAUUACAGCUCAGUUCCAAGAAACAAAAAUCCAUUCCAGGAGGCAAUUGUUUUUGUAGUUGGAGGAGGCAACUACAUUGAAUAUCAAAAUCUUGUUGACUACAUUAAGGGCAAACAAGGCAAACAUGUCUUAUAUGGCUGCAGUGAACUUUUCAAUGCUGCACAGUUUAUAAAACAGCUGUCCCAACUUGGGGAGAAAUAGGACCGAAAAACACCAUUAUUUGAAACUACCUGGCAAUUUGGAAGUGUGAAGAAAAAGAUCAUGACAACACUCAGAUGACACCUUCAUAUCUGUAACCUUGUUAUAACAUUAAGACUUAAACCGUUCCAUUAAUCUGAUAAUUUGAAGGAAGGACCUGUACUUAGCAUAGUGUAUAUGAAUAACAGAAUAACAUUUCAGAAAAUAAAACUUAAUCUAUA